CGGAAGAGAGGGACGAAGUCGCACGAGGGGGAGGAGGGGGUCGCGCGAGGGGUAGGAGGAGGUCGCGCGAGGGGGAGGAGGAGGUCGCACGGAGGUUGCACAAGGGGGAGAGGAUGUGGCACAAGGGAGAGGAGGAGGUCGGAAGAGGGGGAGGAGAAGGUGGAGGAGAAGGUCGCACGAGGAGGACGAGAGGUUGCAACGGAGGUCGGAAGGGAGGUUGGAGGAGGUCGCGCGAGUGGUUUGAGGACGCCGGACGAGGACACAUGAGCGGGAGGAGGAGGCGGUGUAAGGAGGAGGAGGAGCUGGAUGCGGUGGGACGAGAGGCAAUCGCAGCAGCCAUGAGAGUGACAUUCCCUUUCCUAGCUCGGCUGCACCUUGACCCUGCGGAGGAACUCCUGACUGCUCAAGCACUGCAGGUGGUCUGGACUUUCUUCAAGCUGCUGGAUGUCCAUGAAUGCAACAUCAUGGAGGACGUGGUGUUUGAGGCCUUCAUGCGGCUAAGCACGGACCUAGAUCUUCGUCAGAUCCGCCUCGUUUUCACAAUGUUUGAUGUUGACAACAACGGUUUCAUCGAUUUCGAUGAGUUCUAUCUUCUCUGCUGCAUGCUGAUUGCCAUGAAGGACUGCCGAGAGCGCAACUUUAUGAGCAGCCAUGCAUUGACAUGCUUCAAGCUGCUGGAUAACGAUGGGAGCGAGAGUCUCACCAUCGAGGAGUUUGAAAGGUUCGGCUUUGUGUUCAAUAUGGACAAAUCCAUUACAAGACACUUCCUGUCCGUCAGAACUAGAAUUCAAACCUCCUUGGUUAUCCAGAAUGCUUCAAUCAUUGCUGCUUCAUUUGCAGUUGGGGCACUGCUUCUUGACCAACACAUUACUGGAAAGUCAUUUUUGUAUGUGAUUGCCACCAUCAACUUGUUUGGCGGGAUCGCGGCACUUGCGGGACUCGGGCUCAAUGUUGCGAAAGAGAAGGACUGGGUGGUGGUGAUCUCAUCCGUGCAAGGCGAAGGAAUGCUGGCCAGAAUGAAUGCCACGAUGAGGCGGAUUGAUUUGUCUUGUCUCCUUCUCGCCCCGGUCGCUGUUGGUUUCUUGAUGAGCUUCUUGUCCAUGCUUUCUGCAGCAAUCGCUAUAGCUACAUGGAACCUGGUCUCUUUUUUCCUUGAGUCAUAUCUUCUGUACCGUGUUUAUAUAGCCGAGCCGGCGCUUGCGUUGCCUCGGGCGGUCGACAGCUCAAUAAUACUGAAAGGCGAUGCUGCACAGAUUCCCUCAAUUGACGCCGGUGAUGACGGCUUGAAGCGCAGAAACUCGAGAUGUGGUGGUUGUGGCAUUACUGCGGAUGUCGAGCACGCUGCCGUCGACUCGGGGAUUGGAAGCUGUGUUCAAGGACAUUCGACGGACAAUGCAAGUGCGGAAUUGAACGAGCCACUUUUGCAAGGCACAAGGGUUUCGGCGGCUGCAACAGGCAUCCGCUCACCUAAACCCACAUUGAAAGCUGACACAAACGAUAGUUUGAAGAAGCUGCGAGAAGGUCUAAGGAUAUAUUUUCGGCAACCCUCCCUUCUUCCAUCAUUGGCUUUGGCUUGCCUUUACUGCACUGUUCUGAGCUUUCACUCUGCAAUGGUUGCAUUUCUCAAGCUCAAGAACAUUUCACCUUUCACGUUAUCGAUAGUCCGAGGUCUUGCAGCGGUGACGGGCAUCAUGGCAACUGUUACGUUUCCUUGUACCUCCAUGCAGCUGCAUCCCUCAACCACGAAAUGCCAAGGAGUAUAGCAUCUCGCCAAACACAAAAUGACAAGGAGUAAAGCAUCUGGCCAAAC